CGCUAGUGACGUCAUCACGCAGGGCCGAGGCGGCGCGAUCACGUUCUUUAAAUACGGCCUUGCUAGAGCGCGCGACAGUGCAAGGAGUGGGAUGGAGUGUGCAUGGAGUGGGGCUCGUGCUUGGGGCCAGAGCCCGGCGGACCGCGAGAUUCGGGAUAAAAUCCUGCCUCCGCUGGACCCUGCACUGCCAGGCAGCAGAAUUCUGACCCAGAGUGAAGCAGAAAUCUAGGAAUAUGAGCUCCAUGAUGGCCAUGGGUGAACCAAGGCUGAACUGGGAUGUUUCCCCAAAAAAUGGCCUUAAGACAUUUUUCUCUCGAGAAAAUUAUAAAGAUCAUUCCAUGGCUCCAAGCUUAAAAGAACUGUGCAUUUUAUCUAACAGACGUAUAGGAGAAAAUUUGAAUGCCUCAGCAAGUUCUGUAGAAAAUGAGCCGGCAGUUAGUUCAGCAACUCAAGCAAAGGAAAAAGUUAAAACCACAGUUGGAAUGGUCCUUCUCCCAAAACCAAGAGUUCCUUAUCCUCGUUUCUCUCGUUUCUCACAGAGAGAGCAGAGGAGUUAUGUGGACUUGUUGGUUAAAUAUGCAAAAAUUCCUGCAAAUUCCAAAGCUGUUGGAAUAAAUAAAAAUGACUACUUGCAGUACUUGGAUAUGAAAAAACAUGUGAAUGAAGAAGUUACUGAAUUCCUGAAGUUUUUGCAGAAUUCUGCAAAGAAAUGUGCACAGGAUUAUAAUAUGCUUUCUGAUGAUGCUCGUCUCUUCACAGAGCAAAUCUUAAGAGCUUGUGUUGAACAAGUGAAAAAGUAUCCAGAAUUCUAUACUCUCCAUGAAGUCACCAGCUUAAUGGGAUUCUUCCCAUUCAGGAUAGAGAUGGGAUUAAAGUUAGAAAAAACUCUUCUUGCCUUGGGCAGUGUAAAGUAUGUGAAAACAGUAUUUCCAUCAAUGCCUGCAAAGUUGCAGCUCUCAAAAGAUAACAUAUCUACCACUGAAACAGCAGAACAAACAGCUGCAGCUAUGCAUUAUGAUAUUAGUAAAGAUCCAAAUGCAGAGAAGCUUGUUUCAAGAUAUCACCCUCAGAUAGCUCUAACUAGUCAAUCGUUAUUUACCUUAUUAAAUAAUCAUGGACCAAACUACAAGGAACAGUGGGAAAUUCCAGUGUGUAUUCAACUCAUACCUGUUGCAGGUUCAAAACCAGUUAAAGUAAUUUAUAUUAAUUCACCACUUCCCCAAAAGAAAAUGACAAUGAGAGAGAGAAAUCAAAUCUUCCAUGAAGUUCCAUUAAAAUUCAUGAUGUCUAAAAACACAUCUGUUCCAGUCUCUGCAGUAUUUAUGGACAAACCAGAAGAUUAUAUAUCUGAAAUGGAUUCCGUCUUUGGAAAUGCCCCUUGGAUUCUUGGGAGGGAAAAGAUGUCUUAUGAAGUUAAUGAGUGCCGAAAAAUUGAGACCCUUGAAAAUUUGGAUCUGGAUUUUGAUGAUGAUGUUACAGAACUUGAAACUUUUGGAGUAACCACCACGAAACCAUCGAAGUCACCAAGUCCAGCAAGCACUUCCACAGUAGCCAAUAAGAUAGAUACUCCCACAGCCCCCAGCACAGCAGCCACCUCUGUGGCAUCAAAUGCACCAGACAUUUCGGCUCAUUCUAGAAGUUUAUCUCAGAUUCUGAUGGAACAGUUGCAGAAGGAGAAACAGCUGGUGACUGGUAUGGAUAGCGGGCCUGAAGAGUACAAAAAUAAAGACGAUCAGGGAUUUGUACCAUGUGGAGAAAAUGUAUCAAAUUCUGACAAGUCUUUGAUGCAAGAUAGUGACUUGAAAAUGCCAGAUGACUUACGGUUAGAAAGUUCCACGGACAUUGAAACCUCUAAUCAAAGUGAUAUGGCUGUUGAUGUGAUGUAUGCCAGUGAAAGCCUGAGUGCUCUAGAGAACACAGACAAUUCGAAGGAAAAGACCGUGACGUCAGAAGCAGCUAGAACUGAAGAUGAAGUUCUUUGCGAUAGUGAUACAGAUGAAGACUGUUUAAUCAUUGAUACAGAGUGUCAAAGUAAUAGUAGUGGAAAAACAGCCAAUGUGGGUUCUAAUUUAAGUUCUAAACCCGCUAGCCCAAAUUCUUCCUCAGGACAGGCUUCUGUAGGAAACCAGACUAAUACUACUUGUAGUCCUGAAGAGUCGUGUGUUUUAAAAAAACCUAUCAAACGAGUAUAUAAAAAAUUUGAUCCAGUUGGAGAAAUUUUAAAAAUGCAGGAUGAACUCUUAAAGCCAAUUUCCAGAAAAAUACCUGAAUUGCCCUUAAUGAAUUUAGAAAAUUCUAAACACCCUCCUGUUUCCGAGCCACCCUCUGCUCCUUCAGAUGCCUCUGGUUGGCCAAAAUCUGUAUGGCCUUCUGCGUUUCAGAAGCCAAAAGGACGAUUGCCAUAUGAACUUCAGGACUAUGUUGAAGAUACAUCAGAAUAUAUAGCUCCUCAGGAAGGAAAUUUUGUUUACAAGUUAUUUAGCCUGCAAGACCUGUUGUUACUUGUGCGAUGCAGUGUCCAGAGGAUAGAGACCAGACCGCGUUCUAAAAAACGGAAGAAAAUCAGAAGACAAUUUCCAGUUUAUGUGCUACCAAAAGUGGAGUAUCAAGCUUGUUAUGGAGUUGAAGCUCUGACUGAAAGUGAACUUUGUCGCUUAUGGACUGAAAGUUUAUUGCAUUCCAACUGCUCAUUUUAUGUUGAAAACGCGGUGUCUUUGAAAUGCGAAGCGCAAAGCGCAGUAAAACGAGGUAUGCUUGUAUUUCGUUCUUCCAGAAAUUUUUGAUCUGUGUUAAUUGCUAUUAAUGAACAGUUUUUAAUGUGCAUAGACCACUGCUCUAAGAAAAAGAGAAAAGUAAAGCUCAGAAUGAUUAAGCACUUACUCAUAAAUGCUGAGUUAAUCAGUGGCAGGACCAGAAUUUGUUCACAAUUUUUAAGUAUUAAUAACUUUUGCAUAAAACUAAAAAGAGCUAGGGAAGAAUUUGGGGAGUGGGGAGUGUCUGAUGUAGCAAAAGUGAAGUAUUGUACGUGUGACAAUAUUAAUCAGUGUAACUUAAGACAAAUGAUUUAUUGCGUCUUAGAAAUUAGAAUCUUAAAAUUUUACCCAGAAGAUUUCCAAGUGCUCAUAUUCUCUUUCCCGUGCACUUUACACCAUAGUCUUUUCUCAGUUGUGGCCUGAGUUUUCCUCACUCAACCGUUGCUAACCACUCCUCCAUUUAACUUAACCAUUUCAUUGUCAGGUUUCCCUUCCAGCCCUAAAAGCUCAAGAUUUCAAGGAAAUUUAAGAUGAUUUCUCCUCAGAAAUCAAACUUGGGGACCAGUGCAUUAGAUGUUUUGGGCAUAACAGUGAGGGUAGAGUUUACCUGUAUGAUUGAGAGAUUCAGAUAAAGCUUAUCUUACAAGUCACAAGUGAUAUAAGAUCUUAAGUGUUUUCUUUAACUGAAGAGCGUAUUGGUUUAUAGGACAUGAGUUUAGCAAUUCUCAAAGUUGGUUGUGCAUCAGAAUCACUUGUAGGGGGCCAGCCCCAUGACCUAGUGGUUAAGUUCAGCACGCUCUGCUUUGGUGGCCUGGGGUCAAUUCCCAGGCAUGGACCUACACCACUCAUUGGUGGCCAUGUUGUGGUGGCAACCCACAAACAAGAUAGAAGAAGACUGUCACAGCUGUUAGCUUAGGUUACAUCUUCCUCAGCAAAAAGGAAGAUUCGCAACAGAUGUUAGCUCAGGGAAACUCUUCCUCACACAGAAAAAAUGAAUCACUUGUAGGGCUCGUUAGAGUGAAGGUUGCUGGCCCUAACCCUGGAGUGUCUUAGAUGGUAGGUCUGUUUUGGGACCUAAGACUUAUCAUUUCUAACAUGUUCUCAGGUGAUGCUGAUGCGUCUAGUCCAGGGACAACACUUUGAGAACCACUUACGUAGUUCAUAGUCUCUUUUUCAGGUAGAAUAAGUGUACUUGUUUUUUGUUGGUCUGCUUUGCUGUGCCGUCAGUAUGUUCUGCUCUUCCCCUAGAAUGCACUAUUCUUUUUAUCCUCCUGCCCCACAAAAACAUUAAGAUGUACUCCUUAAAUAAAAUUCCCAAUAUAAUCUUUUCAUGACUGCUGUAUCUACCUUGCAAUUCUCAAAUGUAUAUCAAUUUUAUAUAGUUGACAUACAGGCAGCGCUUGCUUUGCACGUUUCUGAUGUACGCAAAUUUCAGUUCUGAUGGUAUGUUCUCUGUAAUUGUAUAAAAUACAAACUUCACUGCUUGCUCUUCGGUCCACAAAUCACUACAUAAGUAACGAAUGCGCAUCAUGACUAGUGACCAAUCUUGUCGCCUCUUUCAAAGUCUGUCAGUGGUUGGUCGCUGUGCACCUGUUCCUGAGUUCAUGCACAGAAAGCUAAGUGUAGUCAUGUUCCCUCCUUGUGUCCCAGUGAUAAACUCAUGUGGCAUUUUGCAGAAGUGGAUCAUCAAAAGAGGGAAUUGACCGACAAAGAUUAAAGCACAGCAGAGACACAGAAAGUGAGACUGCUGGAAGUGAGAUUCAAAUUGAGCAUAAAUGGAGUUAGAGAAGAAAUAGCUGACAGCUGAAAUGUUGACACUUUGGCUGUUCAAGAGACUCUUGAUAAUGCCACCAGAGGAACUUAGUGAAGGCGAACUUAUUGACAUAAAUGAGGAAAGUGGUUGUGACAUAAAGGAUGAAGAAGUGACACUGACGUAAGGUUUUACAUUAAAGGAACUAUUGGAGAAAUUUCAUACAUUGAAAGCACAGAGGAUACAGUGUUGGAAGCUGAUCCUAACUUAGAAAGAGUAUGACAAUUCUCCAUGGCAUAGAAAAGAUGCUUCCUAUCAUAAACUACCA